AACUAUCGCUCAUCAGUAGGUUCGGUGGGCUGGCUGGUUGGUUGGCUGGCGCUAGCAUUAUUGUUGCUUAAGGAUCUGUAUCUACAACAAGGUUGGCCCACAAUAUAUACUAAAUAUGUGUUGUGGUGCAACAGUUCAAAGUAUUAAAUCGGGCGCGCGGCGUGAGACUGUUAAAUGCAAUUAACAACGGCUUGCUGUUAAUUUCAAAACUUCCUUCCACCAAUCAGCAUCUGGCCCCGGCCCCCCUCUCUCUCUCUCUCUGUCUAUCUCUAUCUCUCUCAUCACAUACAGCAUUGUCGUGAAUUGUGCGGAUUUGUCGAAUGUGAAAUUUCAAUUGUAUUAAUACAAGUGGCUGCAAUAUGGGCACAAUAUCAUCGGUACUGCAAUGGUCGUGCACCAAAUGCAAUACCAUCAAUCCGACCGAGUCAUUAAAAUGCUUCAACUGUGGCACCGUGCGCAAGGUAUUCCCCAGUCCUACCGCAACAUUGUAUCAGCAAACGUCACAAACGCAAUCCCAGCCGCCGCGACACCAAAGCACUUGGAUACAUCAACAGCAGCAACAGCAACAACAACAACCUCGGCAACAGCAACGACAGCACGAAAACCUGGUUGCAGGCUCUGCUGUGGCAGUGGCAGCGGCGGGGGCGACGGAGCUGGCCGCCGAGUGUGAUGAGGAGGAGGUCGCGACAAUUGUUGAUAAGCACAAAGCUGUGACCAGAACUGAGCACAACAACCAAAAACAGCAGCCAGGACACGUUUACAAGUCGCUGCUGCGCGGCUGCUUGAAGCGUCCGCAGCGCAAUAGCCAAAAUCUGCCAGCCAAUUGCAUUGACUGCGAGGAGACGCGCAAAUAUAUAAAAAAUUCGAUAGAGCUAUAUCGUCAUUUUUCGAAUCCGGCCCUGAAUCGCCGCUGGAUUUGUCGCGCCUGCGAUACGGAUAACAAUUCGGUGACAUGGCACUGUGUCAUCUGCGAUACAGUUAGCUAUUUGGCGCCCAUCUACAAGGAGACGCUAUGCACGCGACGUCAUGAGGCGGCGACAGCCACAGCUGGCACGCUUGCAGCGAAGCUGGAGCUAAACAACAGUUGCAGCAUCAGCAGCAGCGUCGCUGGCGGCGGCGUCAACAACAGCAGCAGCAGCAGCGGCGUUGAGCCACAGCCGCCGGAGGAGCCACUAUUACUACAUCAUUCGCAGCUGGAACAGCCGGAGGAGCAACAUUCCAAUCGGCGUCAUUUAAAAUCGCGCCGUUUCGCCUACUUUAGACGCACGCAAAGUCUGAGCAAUUCCAUAGAUAAGAGCACGGUGCUUACCCAAGCGGCCGUCGCCUCAUCCUCCUCCUCCUCCGCCUCCGCCUCCGCUUCGGCACGCAGCUGUCACAUUUGCUAUGUAAACAAUCUAGGCAAGGACAUAUUCAAUUUGCCCUACGAAGCCUCGCUCGGCUACCAGCAACAACAGCAGCAACAACAGCAGCACCAACAGCAGCAACAGCAACAUUUGUUGCCACACAAGAGCAUUGCAGCCGCUGCAGCGCCAAUUGCCUGCAGCAAUUCACGCUUUGCCAUUGCCAAUGAUACCUUCUGUCGCCGCAAGCAGAACAACAACAACAAGAAUCUAAAUAAUAAAGUGCGCGACGGUUGUGCCAAGAAGAAAUAUAACUUUACCAUAACCACGCUAUCAAGAUCAGCCAAAGCAACAGCGCCAACAGCUGUUGCCAAGCCCAUGCGCCAACCGCAGCCCACGAAGCAGCGGGAGCCCAACAACGCCCAACACAUGAGCAACACCAGGGGAUGCGCCGCCAGCAGCGGCGGCGGCGGCGGCAGCUCCUCACAGUUUACUAUACCGCGCAACGGCGUUUUCAUAGCUGUCAAUGAUUGGUCGGAGCCAGCGACACGCGUCAUCAGCAGCAGCAGCAAUCGUCAUACCAAUAUGCAGCACUGUGAUACAACGAGCAACAAUAAUAAUGCCAACAGCAGCAGCAACAACAGCAGCAACAGCAGCAGCAGCAACAACAAUUGCAGCAACAAGCUAAAUCAGCAGCUCUAUGAAAACGAAUGUGUGGCCAUUGCACAGCAGCAACAACAGCAGCAGCAACAGCUUAGGGCGGAGCCCAUGGCACCCAUUUAUGCGCAGGUUAAUAAACAGCACAAGCUGCACAAAAAGAGGCUCACCAACGAGACUUCAUCAUCCACAACAACAUCAACAACAGCAGCAGCAGCAUUGCUGCUAGGCAACAACAACAGCAGUAGCCAUAGCAACAACAGCAGCUUUGAUAUAUUUGAAAAUAGCAGCGAGGCAGCAGCAGCAGCAGCGGCAACAGCAGGAGCAGCAGCAACAGCAGCUACCGAGAACAGCGGCAAUGAAGCUAGCAGUAUGGAAGCGGACGUCAGCACAGCAGCUGCAGCAGCGGCAGCAACUGUUGCAACAGCAACUGAUUUUUAUCACGCAUCCGAGCAUUCAAUCUACGCGAAGGUGUGGAAGGGACCCCGCAAAACAACUGAAUCGAAAAUCUCGCAUGAGGCAGCAGCUGUUUUGGCACCGAUCCCGGCCAGCAAUCGACUCAUUCCUCAAGCGGCGCGCAACGAUAAUAAACCGCAAUCGAUGUUGCUGCACGGCAGCCGCAAGAUGUGGACAUGCGGCAAAUGUUCCUAUGCCUACAAUCGUCUCUGGUCCGAGUCCUGUGAGAUGUGCGAGACACUAACCAAGCAAACAGCUGAGUCCCCAGCACCAGCAGCCGCAGCAGCAGCAGCCACUGCAGCUGCUGCGGAGCCGCGCAGCGAUGAGCCCUGGACAUGCAAGAAGUGCACCCUGGUCAACUAUUCGACGGCGAUGGCGUGCAUUGUGUGCGGCGGUUCCAAGCUGAAGAGCAUCUCCUCCAUUGAGGACAUGACGUUGCGCAAGGGCGAGUUCUGGACCUGCAGCCAUUGCACGCUCAAGAAUUCGCUGUCGGUUGGCUUGUGCAGUGCCUGCAAAUCGAUGCGUCUGCUGCCGGUGGACUCGGUGCGCGAGCGACCCGAUGGCCAGUCCUACGAGGAGCAGGACACAGCGACGACGGUCAGCAGUCAAACGGUUGGUGAACUCACAACGCCAACGCCGACGCCAACGGCCCAGCUGCAGCUGCCGCCGGUGGCGCAUCGCAAUUCGCGCAGUCCCUCGCCCAGAUCGGCGGCUGUGGGCGUGCCGGCGGCGGUGGCCCCAGUCUUGACAGCUAUCCAACAGCUGCAGCUCCAGCAGCAGCGCAGCUCCUCGGGUGCGAUACCCAAGCGUCAUAGCACCGGCGGCUCCAUAGUGCCGCGCAAUAUAUCAAUGGCCAUGCCCUCCUCGGCGGCCAGUUCCUCCUAUAAUCUGCAACAGCAGCAGCAGCAGCAGCAGCAGCUGAUCCUGCCCAGCGGGUCGGUUAAGAAAUGGCAGUGCCCGGCCUGCACCUAUGAGAACUGUGCCGCUUCCGUUGUCUGCGACAUCUGUUCCAGUCCGCGCGGCCUGGUCCAUGCGGUGCUCACGGAUGCUCUGGCCCGCAAAUCGAUGCGUGCCGCUGCGCUCACCGAAAUCCGGCAGGAGAGUAAACUAAUGGAGAAUCUGCGUCAGCUGGAGGAGACGGAGGCGUUGACCAAAUGGCAGAAUAUCAUACAAUAUUGCCGCGAUAAUAACGAGCUGUUCGUGGAUGAUUCAUUUCCGCCGGCGCCCAAGAGCUUGUACUAUAAUCCCGCCAGCAGUGUGGCCGAUGGCGGCAAUCCGGUGGUGCAGUGGCGCCGACCGCACGACAUCAACUGCGAUGGCGGCGCCUAUCCGCCAUGGGCGGUCUUCCGCACACCGCUGCCCUCGGACAUAUGCCAGGGUGUGCUUGGCAACUGUUGGCUGCUCAGCGCUCUGGCCGUGCUGGCCGAGCGGGAGGAUUUGGUCAAGGAGGUGCUGGUCACCAAGGAGAUAUGCGCCCAGGGCGCCUACCAGGUGCGUCUCUGCAAGGAUGGCAAAUGGACGACCGUCCUGGUCGAUGAUCUGUUGCCGUGCGACAAGCGCGGACAUUUGGUCUACUCGCAGGCCAAGCGCAAACAGCUCUGGGUGCCGCUCAUCGAGAAGGCGGUGGCCAAAAUACAUGGCUGCUAUGAGGCUCUCGUCUCGGGCCGUGCCAUUGAGGGUCUGGCCACGCUAACCGGUGCGCCCUGCGAGAGCAUACCGUUGCAGGCCAGCUCGUUGCCCAUGCCCAGCGAGGAUGAGCUGGACAAGGAUCUGAUUUGGGCGCAGCUGCUAAGUUCGCGCUGUGUACGCUUCCUAAUGGGCGCCAGCUGUGGCGGCGGCAACAUGAAGGUCGACGAGGAGGAGUACCAGCACAAGGGUCUCCGGCCGCGGCACGCCUAUUCGGUGCUCGAUGUUAAGGAUAUACAGGGACAUCGUUUGCUAAAGCUGCGCAAUCCGUGGGGUCAUUAUUCGUGGCGCGGCGACUGGUCGGAUGAUUCGGCCUUAUGGACAGAUGAUUUGCGUGAUGCUCUAAUGCCGCACGGCGCCUCCGAGGGCGUCUUUUGGAUCUCGUUUGAGGAUGUGCUCAACUAUUUUGAUUGCAUUGACAUUUGCAAGGUGCGCUCCGGCUGGAAUGAGGUGCGUCUCCAGGGCACACUCCAGCCGCUAUGCUCCAUCUCGUGCGUGCUGCUCACCGUACUGGAGCCCACCGAGGCCGAAUUUACGCUCUUUCAGGAGGGCCAACGCAACUCGGAGAAGUCGCAACGCUCUCAGCUCGAUCUCUGCGUUGUCAUAUUUCGCACACGUUCGCCGGCGGCGCCAGAGAUCGGACGCCUGGUCGAGCAUAGCAAGCGUCAGGUGCGCGGCUUUGUUGGCUGUCACAAGAUGCUCGAACGGGACAUCUAUUUGCUCGUCUGUUUGGCAUUCAAUCAUUGGCACACGGGCAUCGAGGAUCCGCAUCAAUAUCCGCAGUGCAUACUGGCCAUACACAGCUCCAAGCGGCUGCUGGUCGAGCAAAUAACACCCUCGCCCCAUCUGCUCGCCGAUGCCAUCAUCAGUUUAACCCUCACCAAGGGCCAGCGGCACGAGGGACGCGAGGGCAUGACCGCCUACUAUUUGACCAAGGGCUGGGCUGGACUGGUGGUUAUGGUGGAGAAUCGCCAUGAAAAUAAGUGGAUACAUGUGAAAUGCGAUUGCCAGGAGAGCUACAAUGUGGUAUCGACGCGCGGCGAGCUCAAAACAGUUGAUUCCGUGCCGCCGCUGCAAAGGCAGGUGAUCAUUGUGCUCACCCAGCUGGAGGGCAGCGGCGGCUUCAGCAUCGCCCAUCGGCUGACGCAUCGUUUGGCCAAUUCGCGCGGCCUGCACGAUUGGGGGCCGCCGGGCGCCACCCACUGUCCGCCCAUCGAGAAUGUGCACGGGCUGCAUGCGCCGCGCUUGAUAACAUAAUUGAUCAAACCUAGUGGAAGGGGCUGCAGCGGCAGUCUGAGGCGGGGGCAUUAGUUCAAAACAAAAUAUAUAUGUAUCUAUGUGUAUUCCUUUACGCCAUAAUAUUUUCGAUUUAUGAUUUUCGAUUUUGGUUAUAUUUUCGUUUAUUUUCUUUUUGUUUUUAUAUUUUCUAUUUUAUAUUUUUUGAGAUUUUUGCAUAUUCUAGUCGAUGUUUUGUCAACGUCAUACGUACACACAUAUAGAUAUACAUAAAUAUAUGUAUGUAUAUGUAUACUAUGAAAUAGUUAACGAUGCAGUUGCAGGCGCAUAAAUAAAUAUAUUGAGAAAAGAAAUGAAAUAUAUGUGAAUUAUAUAGUUAAACAACGGCCUGAUACCCGAACCCUAUCAAAACUUUGAAUUUCAUCGAUGUAUGUAUUGUAUUGUAUUGAAUUUAAGUGCAUGUGCGUCAUGAUCUAGCAUACAUAAAUAUGUCUAUUGUUUUAAAAAUAAAAUACUACCAGUUAUAAAG